AUGGACACGCAGGCAGACGAGACGAUGAGCCUGGAGCAGGUUGGCGCACACGCCAAGCUCGUGCGCGAGCAAGCCGUGGCUUGGCUCAUGCAGAAGAUCAACGCACACGAGCUUCAGAUGCCAGAGGUGCUGGAUGCCCUGACCAAGCAGCUGCAUGGGGACGCAUGGGAGCAGAACCACGGCGCCCUCAUGGCGCUGUCACAGCUGUGCGCAGAAGGCUUUCUUGAGGAGGAGCAAGCGACGGCGCUGCUGCCUCGGCUCACGGAGCUGCUGACGCACAAGGAGUUUCGCGUGCGCAUGGAGACGGGCUCGUGCAUCGGCUCGUUCUGCGCGCGGUUCGGCCCGGCCGCCAUCUACGAGGGCCACGUGGCAGGCGUCAUCCGCUCGUGCAUCGCCGACAACCUGGAGCGGCAGAUUGACCCGGAGGAGGUGCAGGAUCUCCGGCAGAAGCUCGGCAUCGGCAGCGAGGCCCCACCAGAUGCCGUCUUCUACGAAUCCGCAGGCUGGAAGACCCUCGAAACAGGCUUCAAGGCGCUGCUUGAGGUGACGAAGAACAGCGGCAAGAAGUUCAGCCCGUACGUGACGGCGGACGUGAUUGACCUGCUGUUCCAGGGCCUCAAGCACACCAACCGCUUUGUGCGCGAGACGGGCUACUACGUGUGCGCAGAGCUCGUGCAGGUCAUCACCGAGGACACAACCCAAGACGAUGUGCCGGGCAUCUCGUUUCCAGAGUUUGCCGAGCGCAUGGCCGCACAGCUCGCCGUCGGCCUCGCCGACAACUGGAGCCAAGUGCGCAUGGCCUCGUCUGUCGCCACGCGCAACUUCGUCCUCGGCAUGAAGACGGAGACGCGUGAGCAGUUCCUGCCACUCCUCGUCCCGCGCAUGUGCCUCAACAGGUACUAUGUUGCUGAGGGCGUGAAGCUGUACUCGCAGGAGUCGUGGCGCCUUCUCUCAUCCGGCAGCGGCAAGGCCCUCGUCGAGAAGUACAUCGACCAGACGGUUGCAUUCUACAUUGAGCAAAGCCAGGCGGACAACCACGCUGUGCGCGAGGCAGCGUGCGCGUGCAUCGCUGAGCUUGGCAACAAGGUCGACAAGGACGUCGUUCGCGCGCAUGUGCCGGCGCUGCUGGACUGCCUCUACGAGAGCUUUCAGGACGAGAGCUGGCCCGUCCGCGACGCGGCGUGUGUUGCCAGCGGCCGCUUUAUGGGCUGCUUCAAGGAGGAGAGCAGGCCACAACUCGACAAGUUCCUUGAUCUGUUUGUGCGCCACGUCGGCGACAACAUCUGGUCCGUCCGCGAAGACGCCGCCGUCGCACUCGCACUCGUCACCAGGAACUUUGAGGAGGAUGUGCUUGAUCGCGUGUUUGCAAAGCUGGAGGAAAUGCUGCCAUCCGCAAAGGACCAGAGCGAAGAUUCAAAGAUGAACUCGCAGCUCGAGAACGUGACGCGCUUCGGUGUUGCCAAACCAGCCGGUAUUGUGACCGUCUCUGCAACAGACGUCAUCGACCCGGCGCACACGGACCAGCAGAUGUACUCGUGCGGGUCGCUUGCACCCAAGCUGAAGCGCAGCGGCGGAUGCAUGAACUGCGGAUUCCAGCGCCCACAGGAGAAGUGGGAGCUCUCGGACGGUGCUGUGUAUCUGCUGCGGGAGCUGUCUGCACCGUACCCGGCCCGCGUGACGCCGCUGUUGCCCGUGCUUGCUGAGCUCACCACCCUCCGCCACUUCCGCCACCACAGGAACCUCCUCGAAAACAUCUGGAAACAGCUCCCCGUGAUCAUCAAGAACGUGAAGAAGAGUGCUGUGAAGAGCAUGCUUGAGACUGUCAUCCCGAGUCUCGCCUACUCCCUCGCCGACGACCACCAGCUCUCGCGUUCUGCUGCGCAGUCGUGUGUGCGUGCGUUUGCGCGGCUGCUCGGACCGUCCAUCCUCCUUGGUCGCGUGGAAAUGUACGUGCCGGAGAAACAGGCCCUCUUCCAGCCGUUCUGUGCAUACUGA